GGUAUAUAAAGCAGCCCCGCCAGGCGCGGCCUUCUUUCCGUCGCCGCGGCCGCCGCGGAGCUGAGCGCCCACCAUGCCGGUCGCCCGGAGCUGGGUGUGCAGGAAAACCUACGUGACCCCCCGGAGACCCUUCGAGAAGUCCCGGCUCGACCAGGAGCUGAAGCUCAUCGGUGAGUAUGGGCUGCGGAACAAGCGGGAGGUGUGGAGGGUGAAGUUCACCCUGGCCAAGAUCCGCAAGGCCGCGCGGGAGCUGCUCACGCUGGACGAGAAGGACCCACGGCGCCUCUUCGAGGGGAACGCUCUGCUGCGGCGCCUGGUGCGGAUCGGGGUGCUGGACGAGGGGAAGAUGAAGCUGGAUUACAUCCUGGGGCUGAAGAUCGAGGAUUUCCUGGAGCGCCGCCUGCAGACCCAGGUCUUCAAGCUGGGCCUGGCCAAGUCCAUCCACCACGCCCGGGUGCUGAUCCGGCAGCGCCACAUCCGGUGGGUGCCCCCCGGGACCCCCAGGGACCCCCCAGGGCGGGGGGAGCUCGGCAAGAGUCACUGCGGCCCCGCCGUACACCUUGCGAAGGGGCCGGCGCCAGGUAACCCCCCCCCAGGUUAAAUUU